AUGGCUUGGCAGUCUGCAGCUCGGGGUGCCGUCCGACCCCUGCACUUCGGUGCUUCCACUCGCCCUAAUACCCUGAUCGGCGUGCAGAACCAGCUAUGCCACCUUUCUCUGGCGAGCAACGUGCGCCAGGUGCGCGCCCAGUUCCAGAAUAUCUCCGCGACUCAAUCCCUCUUCCAAUCCAACGCGUUCGCGACUGAUGCCUCCCCCAAGGCCAGAAAGCCCAAGGCGAAGACCGACAGUGCUAAGACUACCUCGACCAAGAAGAAGCCCUUGACCGAGAAGCAACAAGAGAUGCGGAAGCGUCGUGAGCAUAAGGACCACAUCAAGCAGCUGAAGGAGACUGCACUGGAAAUUCCCAAGCGUGCGAGUGAAAACUAUUACAAUCUCGCGAUCAUUGAUAAGAUCAAUGAGAUCAAGGGACAGUAUCCCCCGGUAGAAACGAUGAAGAGGGCUGCCGAGUUGAUCAAGCCCGUUCCAAAUGAAGCGAAAUACCGAGCUCAGGCCGAGCAAAACAAGAUUGCGAACAAAGCUGCAUUUGAAGCAUGGCUGAACUCGUACACCCCCCUCCAGAUCAGACAAGCCAACAAUGCCCGUCAGCAGCUUCACCGCGUCGAGGACAAGACUCGCUCCAAGCGCUGGUCCCCGAUUCCAGAUGAGCGCUUAGUCAAAAGGGCUUCCACCAGCUACAACUUGUACUUCACGGAGCGCCUCAGAUCCAGUGACAACCAGCAUAUGGAUGCUCGGGAGCGAUUUGCCACCUUUGCGAAAGACUGGGCCGCACUGCCUGAGACAGAGAAAGAGACCUACCACAAACUGGCGGUCGAAGAUUCUGCGCGAUACCAGAGAGAGCACCAGGAGGUGUACGGAUAUCCAGUUCCCUCCAAGGCGGAAGAUUCAUCCUAA